GCUUCUCCAGCUGGCCAUCGAACCGAGCUUGAAGCUCGAAACUCGAUCGGGUCGUCGAUUCUGCAAUCGGGCCUCUGUUUAGAAAGACUAGCACUCAUCGCAGCCACGAUUGUCGGUGUGACGUUACCGGAGGUGAUAGCUCCGACUCGACAAAUGGAGCGUAAGCCAAGCCCGUGCGUGCUGGGAUGCGUAGUCGACAUUAUGGCAGUAAUCUGGAGUGGACAAGGCAACACUGGCUAUCACGAAAACAUCCUAACGUCACCAGACAGGGAAGUGCGGUCUAUUUUGGCAUUAACAGUCUGCAUGUACCCAACAUAGGUUCAAAUGUAAGUAAAAC